UUUUCUACAAGCCAUUUAGCUUCUAUUGGGCUUCCUCGCCACUCUAUCUAUUACAAAAGUGCAAUCUUAGUAAUCAUAUAUAUAUUUAUUAUAUAAACUGCAGUGUUUUACAAGGAUUUCUACCACCGAGAAAUGUGGUAUCUGAACACACGUAAAAAUAGGAUAUUUUUACAUGUGAAGAUAUGGAUAAUUUUACUGACAUCAGGUUUGUCUCUUAAAUUGUACUUGAAUUCGUUGGUGUAUCAUCGAAAAAUCUUCGGGUCUUCCUCGGAAGUGCUCGGCAAUCUUCGGACAUCUUCGGACAUUUUCGGAAAAUGUUGGGGAACGUUCGUCUGGUCUUCGGGACAAUUUGAAAAAUCUUCGGAAAUUUUCGGAAGGUGGUCGGAAAUCUUCGGAAAAUCAUCAAAAACGCCGUCAUCAGUAUAUUUAUAUAAUAAAAAGAAUAUUACACGUUAGCUCGAAGAUAUGAUUUUAUGUUCUCGUGGCAAGAGCAAUAUCUCACUCGUUCGCUGCGCUCACUCGUGAGAUAUUGUUCUUUGCCACUCGAACAUAAAAUUCAUAUCUUCUCGCCACCGUGUAAUAUUCUCGACAUAUUUUUCAUUUCCUUUCUGUAAUUUUUUUUUUAUGUGGCAAAUGUAAAUAAAUAAAUAAAUAAAAAGAAGCCGUUAUCCAAUGAAUCACUUUUUUCCUUGCUGACCAAAAUCUUUGUUUUUUUUAUUAUUUUUGACCUUGCUGCUUAUCAUUUCAAGUUGACUCGUAAUCUCCAGUUUUAUGAAGCUGAUAAAAUUUUUAAAUUUUGUAGUUGUAUUAUGACAGUGAAGCCUCAGGUUCCCAAGGUGCAUCAUGUCAGGUAUUACUUUAAUGGGGUUUCAAAAACAGUCAAUUUUCUAAGUCCUUGUUUUUACGUUGGGGUAGACAGAAUGUGAUCGAGAGGCGAUCUCACAUUGCAGUAUCGAAAAUCAAAAACAUUAUUAGAUAGAAAUAUUUUGGGGUCUGCACAUAUACAGUAUAAGUGGCCAAUUUUAAAUGAACUGUGACUGAAACAUCUUUGUUUUACUCAACUGGGGAGAGGUUUUUGGAAUAGAGCACCAUAUUGUUAAGCACUGAUUGGAUGAGUGUAACCGUUUGUGUUCUCGAAUCAGAAUUUCUAUUGCUCUAAAUUUGAUUGGAUUGUUUCGUCUUCCGUCGUUGAAUUUGGUACUUAAAGGGAACACUUUUGUGACUAACUAUAAUUUGUUAUCAUGCAUAAGUAGGCACUCACCGCAGACGGGAAAUAUACAAAGUAGUGUGUCAUUGGGGGUACAGACUAGAGUAUCUUCAUCUGUAAAGAAUAUUUUAAUCAUGCUGUUAAAUACAUAUUAUUUAUUUUGCUAAAAGAGCGCCAUAUUUUUCAUCAUCAUAUAUAAUAUUUUUAUGGAUACCAGAUGCCGGGUGAUGUGGUACCGAGGAUAGGGGUGUAUCGCUUGCAGUUCCAGUUAAACUGUAGCCGAAAACAUGAAGCUGACGUGAUACCAACAAUCCGUUCAAAAUAAUUACACUGUCAGUUUUCUCAGGAUUUUAAAAAGCGAACGUCCGAAUAAGUCUGGGGAAUGCUAAAACGCAGAGCGUUUUUUAAAUUGUUUUUGCUCUGAUUUGAUUUGUUUUCCUCUUAUUUCCAAACUCAAAACGCUUAAAAAAGAGUUGGGGUUCGAUUGUGAUGAAUCCCUCUCUAAUACAGUGUGAAAAAGGCCGUUAUCCGUGUGGAAUGGCUCUGCCCACCAGACGUCUUUGUUAUUCCUCGCCAAGCGAGGCGCGUAGCGCCGAGCGAAGUGAGUUUAUAAUCUCGUCACGAACCGCACGUGGGUCCUAGCGAGCUGCAAACUCGCAGCUCUCAUCUUUACUUGUAUAUAUCCGAUGGCGUCCGCCAUGACGUCAUACAGCAGUUUGACGUCACGGCGCAUUUUUGUUUCUAGGCAACAUUCAACUGAAAGCGAUUUCGAAUUCACGAGGAGCUGUCUUUUCGUCGUCUGCAAAGCAAUGUUUACUAUCGGGGAAUCUCAAGACAUUUCUCAUGCAAACCGAACAGCAAACAUCGGCUCUCGGCAGCUGAACAGAAUUGCUCAAACUCUCGUCAGCAGUUAAACCGUCCAAUUCCAAUUACUUUUGCAAGAUUUAUCUCCAUUUAUCGGAAUGAAUCGCUCCGUUUCUAGGUAAAAACACAACCUUCUUACAAACUGAAAAGUGACCCUGUGUUGUUUUAAAAUGUUGAAAAUGCUUCGCCAUAAUUUCGUAUAAUGUUAAACACCGUCACAGUCCUGUCCAUUUUCAUGACCCCCACUUACGUAUACGAGAUCUCAAUAACCUGCAAAACUAGAAGUCCUCUACGGUUAUAUGAGGUUACUGGUGGUGAAUUACAAUAAAAACGGUGAAAAAAGAGUUCUCUACUCUUUUUUUACACCAGGCUUAAAAAAGAGCAUAACUGUCUGAUGUACUGAUUAAAGAUGUGUAAGGCAAGGGUAAGAGUCGAUUAUACAUGGUUCAAUUUGACUUAUUACCAUGCUUCCCCAGGAAACCCCCGGGAUAAGUCCAGCCCUUCGGGCACGGGGGUGGCCUGGUUAAUUGUUUGAUACGGUGCUGUCCCAGGAUUAAGGGGUGGGGUAAACCAAAAAUUUCUUUUCUUUGUUUUUGCGGACUAAUACAUGUUAUUUCUCGCGCAGUUUGCGUUAUGGCUACGGACCUAAAGACUACGUCUUUUCAAGGGCAAACGCAGAAGUUUGCCGGAGAGUGGUUAAAGAGGAAUAAUCUAUCAAAAUUGAAGUCUGCAAUUGAAGAUGUGUUUUAAAACUUCAAACGAAUGUGGGUGUGAUGCCUACUCGAAUGGAUUUUUUUUGUAAAAGAAGCAAAGAAAUGUUUCUUCAGCCUCGUUUAAUAAUAAGACAACUUAAAAAGACAGUAUAUGAAAACGGAUACAAGGUUUUUAAAUAUGUAUAAAUAAACAGAGAUUCAGUCGAGUGUUCAAGUUGUUAAGUGUUUUUUUGUAUCAUUUCAGGGUGGCGCCUUAGAGUUUUUUUCUUCGCGAGUUUUCGUUUUCAGAUUUAUUUUUUAUGUUUUAAAACCCUUAUAUAUGUAUUAUAUCCUUCUCUCAGUAAAUUCUAGAAAACGUAUCGUGUUGCUAUUUUAUUAUAUACGUACUGAGAAAUACUCACCAAAAAAGCUAUGUCGUAAAUUUUCGUACGCAAAUUAGUUCUAGCCAAUCAGAGGAGCGAUAGUUUUCACACGUGAAAAAAAUGAUACGUCCAAUCAGAAUCCCGAACGAUGUUUUUUCACGUGUGAGAGAAAUGAUACGUCCAAUCAGAAGCCACAGAGGUGUGUGAGUUUCGCGCCAAAAUUCCGGCCUUUUAUUACAGCUGGCAGCGCCGCUUCGCACACAUUCAACGAGAAAAGUUUUACUCGAAGAGUUUUUCUCGCUAAAAAAGUGAAAAACAUUUCGGAAAUGGAGUGGAAUAGUUUCGUUUGUUUCACUGUCGAUAAAGAAAACGCUAGAGAGCCGGCGAAACAACAGCGGAAAGGGAUAAACAGAACGAGACGUAAGCUUUUGUUGUGCUUUUUGUCGGAGCUACUUUGCUGUUCGUUUAAGCUUAAGCUUAUAUUGAAACCGGCCAUUCUACUUAAAUUCACUCAUUUUCAAUUGUGCAUUGAGAACAAACAGUUAAGAUUACUUAUAGUUCUUGGAUACUUAUAGUUCUUCUUUCAGCUCGAAGAUAUUAGCUUGUUAGCUACUCUAAAAUUCGAGUAUAAAUAAAGUUCUAUGUUAUGUUAUGUUAUGGAUUCCCUCAUAUCCUUACCGACAUUUAUGUUUUUAACUCGUUUUCGUUGUCAUUUGGCGGUAAGUGUGGAGCGGCAAAUUUUAGCAUUUUUGAAAGAUUUAAAAUAAAAAGGCCGCCAAAAUGAUGAAUGUCUCAGUUUGUAUACAAUAAACACAAUACCACAUGGAAAGUGCUUUGUACGUAUUUACGCACUCGUUGUUUUUGUAUCAGAAAUCUUACUCGUUCACUGCGCUCACUCGUUCGAUUUCUGAUACGUCAACAACUCGUGCGUAAAUACCGUACGCGAGCACUUUCCAUGAAGUAUUCUCUAUGUACGGAAAUAAAUAUUGCUCUUUAAAAGAUGUGCCAAAAAACACGUAUAUGUGGUCGAUCAGGAGCUCGGGGUUGUAAUUGUAGUCUCUUUCUGCGUGCCCAGGGGUGGGGAAUAGACUACCAAGAAAGAAAAAAAUUACAAAUCCCCGGGGGUAUGCCGGGGGAGGGAAUGGUAACAGGUCAAAUAUAAUUGAACCAUGCAUUACGUCGAGCAUGAAAUUGGCUAGAUGUUUUGUUUGAUGUUGGGGUAAUAAAAUAGGUAAACUCAACAAAGACAACUUCUUUGUGCAGCCAAUUUGGUAAUUUUAAAUUCAUCAUAAAACAGUUCGAAAACAGCAAUAAUUUGUAAUUAAAGGGAAAUUUUGAACACAACAUUAAAAUAAAUAAUAAAAUCAAUAAAAUGGAAACAUACGAAAUGUUCUGGCCUUGGAAAAGCUGUAAUCUAAACGGUGGACGUUCUCAAUGACCGAUGGUUGCUCCGGACGUGAUACAAACACCUUGAUAUUCUAACGAUCAUCUUUCAAAUCAAAACCUCUGAGAAACAAGUAAAAGUCUUGCAAGAUUCUUCUUCAAUAUUCGGGUUCUUUUUCCAUAUUCGGUCAAAGCCGUGCCUGGUAAAAUGAGUAAAAGAUAGAAAGCUCAAAAGAUUGUCCAUCCACAUGGCUACGUGGAGGUCAGCGGUUAAAUUUGCGUCGUGACUUGGAUGGUUGCCCACUUUGUUUUUGGCCUUAUGAACGACGCAACGGUAGAUUUGUUCCACGCUGCAUGCACACAAUGCAAACAAAAAAACUUCAAAGCCUUUCCUUGAUACUUUGAGAAGACCAAAUAUGAUCGAUCUUUGACUUUUUUGCUCGGAAGUGAGAGAAUCAACGUUUGUAGCCGUUGUCGGCCACAAAUUAAAUUAUUGAAUAAGACCAGAAGUCAAGAUAGCAGCAAUCUUCUCUAAGCCAACGCGUGAAAAACCACGGUAACAGUUGAUUGACGUCCAACAAAGCACAGGUUUCAACCGAAGAAAAAAACCUUUGAGGGUGCCUGUUUGUGGUAACCGCUGCACAUUUACUAACUCUAGAUUAUUCAUGCUGUCCUAUGCAAACUUUAGAGCCGUAGCUUGAGAAUAUCACAACUUCGGUCUUACGAUUAUUUCAAAACAGAUAGUUCUUAUGUGUCCAGUCAAGAGCUAUCACAGACCUUCUCGAUCACCAUGGCAUUUCUAUGAGCAAAGAAAAUGACCUCGUCAUCAGCGUAUAACAGGAUACUGCACUGCGAAGCUGAAUCUAGAAGAUCGUUUUAAGUAAAACAAACAAAAAUAGACCCAAAAUAGAACCCUAGGGCACACCAGAGUGUAGGUCACAGGAAUCAGAGAAAAAAGACUGGUACCCGCACUCGUUGAGUCCUAUUACUGAGGUAGUCCUUAAACCAGUACCUUUUCAAAUGUACGAAUGUUACAUAGCCAAAGCAGCAAUGUGUGUAUAUUGCUUAGUCGAACGAGAGUCCGAUUCAAAUAAACGCAGACGAAAAUACAAAUUGUAUGACAGGAAAUUAGAAAUGAAUUGACUUCAAAUUACUGGCAAUCAUCAGAGUAAAGAGGGUGGCUGGAGGAGACAAUACUUUAUUUUUAAUGCAAUUAACUAAGAUAUCAGUAAUAAACCUUUUCCUUAGUUCUAAAUAAGUGCGGCCUUCAAGGAGAUCAAUGAAGCGACGGACUGUCAAGUAAAAGAAUUUUACAAGCGCUGAGGCGCUCUUUUCAAGUAAAAAGGGUAGUUGUGUGUUGUAAUGUAUUAGGCUGCUAAGUAUGCUGGGAUAGGAAAACCAUGUGCUUUUGAUAGGGACGGCCAUGUUACGUUUGCAAUGAAAUAAGUUGAGUUAAAUCUGUUUGUUUGGAUACUUUAUUGCUCCUGGGAUCACUACAUUGGCGACGAGGACAAAAAAUGGAAAAGAGCGUGUUACUGAAGUUUGAUUGUUUCUCUGAUCCAGCGACGAUUGGCCCCCGAAGGACGAGGUGGUUAACUUCAUUCGAACUGUACGCCGACGGGAAAGGGUUUAUUAUAAGCGAAGGAACCACAGCAGCAACUAAACAGAGGAGAAGAGCAAUGUUACUCCACCUGGCUGGGCCUGAUGUACGGGAGAUAUUUACCACCUUAACUGAAACCGGGGAUGCUGCAAAUUACGCCACUGCUGUUGAAGCUCUCAACGUCUAUUUCGUGCCACAGCUAAAUUCAGCAUUCGCCCGCCAGACCUUUCAUCGGAUCACGCAAAACCCAGGUGAGAGAGUUCAACAGUUUGUCACUCGCUUAAGGAAAGCAGCUAAAGAUUGUGAUUUUGGCACUGAUACCAACAACCAGAUAAGAGAUGCAGUUUUGAAUAAGUGCACUUCCACUUACAUCAAACGAAAAUUGCUUUAA